AUGCUUCUAGUUCUAACUCCAUAUCCGAGACUUCCGUCUCCCUUAUUCGCUGCCAAGUCUAGUCCUGAAUCAGCAUUGACCAGAAGAAACAGAGCUUCUUAUUCUUAUUCUUCUUCUUCUAAUCACUGGUUGUCUCUGAGACCGAGACUGAACCGCAGAUUUGAUGGCUUCAAGGUCAAGUCAGCUACAGUCCCGGAAAACGUGGAAUCUGGAGGAUUGGUCAAAGGGUUGAAGCUAGGAGGCAUGUUCGGAGUCUGGUAUCUUCUUAACAUAUACUACAACAUCUUCAACAAACAGGUACUCAAGGUUUAUCCAUAUCCAGCGACUGUAACAGCAUUUCAGCUCGGCUGUGGAACGUUUAUGAUAGCAACAAUGUGGCUCCUUAAACUCCAUCCACCCCCCAAAAUCGCUCCUUCUCAGUUUCCGGCAAUCGUUCAGCUAGCAGCAGCUCACACAUUAGGUAACUUGCUAACAAACGUGAGCUUGGGAAGAGUAAACGUCUCUUUCACCCAUACAAUCAAAGCCAUGGAGCCUUUCUUCACCGUCCUGCUCUCUGUUCUCUUGCUCGGCGAGUGGCCGAGUUUGUGGAUUGUGUGUUCGUUGCUACCAAUCGUUGCUGGAGUCUCUUUAGCAUCUUUCACGGAAGCUUCUUUUAAUUGGAUUGGUUUCUGUAGUGCAAUGGCAUCUAACGUUACGAACCAAUCACGCAAUGUUCUCAGUAAAAAAUACAUGGUUGAGAAGGAAGCUUUGGACAACAUCAACCUUUUCUCUGUAAUAACUAUUAUAUCUUUUAUCAUGUUGGUUCCUGUAGCAAUCCUCAUCGAUGGAUUCAAGCUUACUCCUUCUCAGUUACGAAUAGCUACAAGCCAGGGAUUGACUGUAAAAGAGUUUUGCUUCAUGUCUCUUCUUGCCGGUGUUUGCUUGCACAGCUACCAACAGGUAUCGUACAUGAUCUUAGAGAUGGUGUCUCCAGUGACGCACUCUGUAGGGAACUGCGUGAAGCGUGUGGUGGUGAUUACAUCAUCCAUUCUUUUCUUCCAAACUCCAGUUUCACCUCUUAAUAUGAUCGGUACCGCGACUGCACUGGCUGGAGUCUACUUGUACACCAGAGCCAAGAGGAUCAAAGUCAAACCAACUCCAAAAACUUCCUGA